CACUAAUAAUAAAUAUGUGCACAACUCCAGUCCAGCAGUUCCUAAUUUGAAAGCAUUACUGUUACUACCACAGCCAAGCAUCUUAUUUAUCUAUUUACAUCAUAUUUAUAUCAGCGCACUUUUGGGUUGCAAGUAUGUUGAUGAUCUUAACUCUCUAAUCGUUGCUGUAUUACUACGCAGUAGGAAAAUACACUGCAAUUCAUGGAUGGAGGAACGGGAGCAAUACAUGAGUUGUUAAAGUCUGGAGUAGGGUAUUUUUGUAUCACUCAUGCAGGGCAAAUACUUUGUCAGGUAUUUUGCAGACAAUUUGGUCAGUGAGGUCCCUAAUUCAGAAGGUUUGGGGGUUUGACUCCGUGUUCUGAGAACGAUUGGAUCACAAGGCAGAACACACGACGCUGACACGGAGGCCUGCAGCAGCGUGGCUUGGGGGUGAAUGCACGUACAGGAGUUGCAUAAGCAAACAAGUUGUUCCCUGAGCAACGGAACUAAUGAAGUCUGCCUUCUUGGAGGUUUGUGUCCUGUGUUCUCCACAGACAUGCCCCAUGACGGCGCAGCUCUCCAGUGACAGCAUCACCCCUCCCUCAACCCAGCCACACGGAGGUUUUCUUGUGCCUCGUGUCUUUCUCUUCCCUUUAUUCCUUUUAGACAGCGUCAGUUUGCAGAAGCAUGGACAUUCGCAACAAUCUGACCCGGCUGAACAUGCUCGAGAACUGCACUGUCAUCGAGGGCCACUUGCAAAUCUUGCUGAUGUUUAAAACCAAGCCUGAAGAUUUCCGUGAGCUCAGCUUUCCUAAACUGACUAUGAUUACAGACUACUUGCUUCUCUUUCGUGUGUACGGUCUGGAGAGUUUAAAGGGACUUUUCCCCAACCUCACUGUGAUUCGAGGAACUCAUCUGUUCUUUAACUACGCGCUGGUCAUUUUUGAGAUGGUUCAUCUGAAGGAGAUCGGCCUCUACAACCUGAUGAACAUCACUCGAGGCGCUGUGCGGAUUGAGAAGAACAACGAAUUAUGUUACUUGUCCACGAUCGACUGGUCAAGGAUUUUGGAUUCUGUAGAAGAUAAUUACAUCGUGGCAAACAAGGAUGACAAAGAGGAAUGUGGAGAUGUGUGUCCAGGAACUGUGAAAGGGAAGAGCAACUGUCCUCCUACUGUGAUAAACGGCAUCUUCAUUGAACGCUGCUGGACGCACGAUCGCUGUCAGAGAGUUUGUCCACCUGCCUGCAAGUCCCAGGGCUGCACCUCCGAUGGUCAGUGCUGCCACAGCGAGUGUCUUGGGGACUGCACAGAGCCCAACAACCCUGAGAAAUGCGUGGCUUGCCGCAACUUCUACCUGGAAGGCAGAUGCGUGGACACCUGCCCACCCGGUCACUAUCGCUUUGAGGGGUGGCGGUGCGUGACCUUCAGCUUCUGCCAGGAACUGCACAACAAAUGCAAGAAUGCCCGGGAGUCGGGCUGUCACGUUAUCCACAAUAAUGAAUGUGUUCACGAAUGCCCAUCAGGCUACAUCAUGAAUUCCAGCAACUUACACUGCACCCCCUGCGCAGGGCCCUGCCCAAAGGUUUGUGACUAUGGGAAAGAGAAGACGAUCGAUUCGGUGACAUCGGCCCAGGAGCUCCGCGGCUGCACGGUUGUUAAUGGAAGCUUAGUAAUAAAUAUCCGUGGAGGAAAUAACAUAGCAGCUGAGCUAGAAGCGAAUCUUGGCUUGAUAGAAGAAAUCUCAGGUUACCUAAAAAUUCGCCGGUCUUAUGCCUUGGUUUCUCUUUCUUUUUUCCGUAAACUACAUCUGAUUAGAGGAGAAACACUAGAAGCUGGGAAUUACUCAUUUUAUGCCUUGGAUAACCAGAAUCUUCGCCAACUCUGGGACUGGAGCAAACACAACCUCACUAUUGCACGAGGCAAACUCUUCUUCCAUUAUAAUCCCAAACUAUGUUUGUCAGAAAUCCACAAGAUGGAGGAGAUCUCUGGGACUAAGGGACGUCAGGAGAGGAAUGACAUAGCCCUGAAGACGAAUGGGGAUCAAGCUUCAUGUGAAAAUGAAUUGCUGAAAUUUUCUUCCAUUAGAACGUCUCAUGACAAGAUCCUGUUGAAGUGGGAGCCAUACUGGCCUCCGGAUUUCCGUGAUCUCCUGGGAUUUAUGCUCUUUUACAAAGAAGCUCCAUACCAAAAUGUGACGGAGUUUGAUGGCCAAGAUGCUUGUGGAUCAAAUAGCUGGACAGUUGUGGAUGUUGACCCACCCCCACGGUCAAAUGAGCCCAAAGCCCAGGCCCAGCCAGGUUGGCUCCUGAGGGGUUUAAAGCCAUGGACACAGUAUGCUGUAUUUGUUAAAACCCUGGUCACCUUCUCAGAUGAACGAAGAACUUAUGGUGCAAAGAGUGAAAUCAUCUACGUGCAGACCAACGCUACUGUUCCAUCAGUCCCAUUAGAUCCGAUAUCUGUUUCCAACUCUUCAUCCCAAAUCAUUCUGAAGUGGAAGCCACCCUCGGAGCCCAAUGGAAACAUCACACACUACCUGGUGUUCUGGCAGCAGCAGGCAGAAGAUAGUGAGCUUUAUGAGCUUGAUUACUGCUUAAAAGGAUUAAAACUGCCCUCAAGGACAUGGUCUCCUCCUUUUGAAUCUGAAGAUCCUCAGAAGUAUAAUCAAAGUGAAAAUGAGGAUGUCAGUGGAGAGUGUUGCUCCUGUCCUAAAACAGACUCCCAAAUACAAAAGGAGCUGGAAGAGUCUGCUUUCCGCAAGACUUUUGAGAACUACCUUCACAAUGAGGUUUUUGUCCCCAGGCCAUCAAGAAAACGAAGAGACCUUGGCUCUGUGGCAAAUGCCACCGUGGUGAUACCCACCAUCGCGUCCUCUCCCAACAAUUCUGCAGCACACUCUGAGAAUGCAGAGGAGCAGAAGCCUUUCGAAAAGGUGAAGUCUAAAGAGUCUUUGGUGAUCUCAGGCCUGCGGCAUUUCACCGGGUACCGCAUUGAGCUCCACGCCUGUAACCACGAUGCGCAGGAAUCCCGAUGCAGCGUCGCAGCGUAUGUCAGUGCCAGGACCAUGCCAGAAGCUAAGGCUGAUGACAUCGUUGGUCCAGUUACGCAUGAACUGGUUGAAAAAAACACCGUGCAUUUGAAGUGGCAAGAACCAAAGGAGCCAAAUGGUCUUAUUGUACUGUAUGAAGUGAAUUAUGGACGUCUUGGGGAGACAGAGGAAGCUCACUACUGCGUGUCCCGUAAGCAUUUUGCCAGUGAGCAGGGCUGUAAACUCCGUGGACUGCAGCCUGGAAACUACAGUGUCCGUAUCCGAGCUACAUCACUGGCUGGAAACGGCUCGUGGACAGAACCCAACUAUUUUUAUGUGGCCGAUUACUUGAAUGCUCAGCCUAAUAUUGCUGUUAUAAUUGUUCCGAUUAUUUUUGCCAUAAUUAUUGCUGGAAUUAUUGGAGCUGCUUAUGUGCUUGUGAAAAAGAGGCAAACCGAAGGACCAACUGGACCACUCUACGCAUCCUCUAACCCUGAAUAUCUGAGCGCCAGUGAUGUCUAUGUCCCCGACGAAUGGGAGGUUCCACGAGACAAAAUCACUCUCCUUCGAGAGCUGGGACAGGGCUCCUUUGGGAUGGUGUACGAAGGAAUUGCCAAGGACAUAGUGAAGGGAGAGCCAGAGACUCGAGUAGCUGUGAAAACCGUGAACGAAUCAGCCAGCCUCCGCGAGCGCAUCGAGUUCUUAAAUGAAGCUUCUGUGAUGAAAGGCUUCAGCUGCCAUCAUGUGGUUCGCCUCCUCGGGGUAGUCUCCAAAGGGCAACCUACUCUGGUGGUCAUGGAGUUAAUGGCACAUGGAGAUUUGAAAAGUUACCUUCGCUCUUUAAGACCUGAUGCUGAGAAUAACCCUGGUCGUCCACCACCAAUGCUGAGAGAAAUGAUCCAGAUGGCUGCAGAGAUCGCUGAUGGCAUGGCCUAUCUGAAUGCCAAAAAGUUUGUUCACAGGGAUCUCGCAGCUCGUAACUGUAUGGUUGCAGAAGACUUCACUGUAAAAAUUGGAGACUUUGGCAUGACCAGAGAUAUCUAUGAGACGGAUUAUUACCGUAAAGGAGGCAAAGGACUGCUGCCUGUGCGGUGGAUGGCACCAGAAUCACUGAAGGAUGGUGUUUUCACUGCUUAUUCCGAUGUGUGGUCAUUUGGUGUUGUCCUUUGGGAAAUAAGCAGUUUGGCGGAGCAGCCGUACCAGGGACUCUCCAACGAGCAGGUGCUAAAGUUUGUCAUGGAUGGAGGAUACCUGGAUCAGCCGGACAACUGCCCAGAGAGGCUGCACAGCCUGAUGCAGAUGUGUUGGCAGUACAACCCCAAAAUGCGCCCCACCUUCAUUGAGAUCAUUGAGAUGCUGAAGGAGGACUUGCAUCCCAGCUUCCACGAGGUCUCAUUCUUCUACAGUGAGGAAAACAAACCUCUGGAAACGGAGGAGUAUGAGAUGGACUUUGAGAACAUGGAGAGCAUUCCCCUCGAUCCCUCCUCGUACUCGCAGAGGGACAAAGUCCUGGGGCGGGACAAUGGACCCUCCAUGGCCCUCAAGGGGAACUAUGAAGAGCACAUACCUUACACUCACAUGAACGGUGGCAAGAAAAAUGGGCGGAUUCUCUCCAUGCCCAGGUCAAGCCCUUCCUAACGCUUCCCAUUUGGCCCAAGGGUUGUGUCUGCUUUUUUCCCCUCCACAGAUCUCAGGACUCUUGUUAUUGCUGCCACAGUGUAUGACACACAUCUAUGAACUCGUCAGAUUUUUAAUCAUCUUAUGAUUAAUACUUCUUUUAUUUUUUUGUUUGCCACGUUGACUGGCUGUCAGUGGACUUAUCUGUGAACAUAAAUGGAAGAGGUUUCCAUGGCUGCUGUCCCUCUGUAACCAUGGUUUCAAAACAGGAAGCCACCGUGUACGUUCAACUGAAGGAGGAUCCUCCACGUUUGCCAACAAGAGACGUGAAACACGCUGGUAUCUGAGCUACAGUGUGGAACAAAACUGCGGGACAAGAGCAUUUCCAGUCAAAUUCCAGGCUUUCAGGCAUUCUCUUCACUACAGCUGAAGGAUUCAACACAUCAGACGGACGCGCCAGAUCCUCAGAUUGACCAAUAGCUGCUGCUUUCAUACUUUUUAAAUGGGUUAAAUCCCAGGGGUGCGUGCGUUUGUGUGUGCAGUAUAUAUAUGUGGGGUGUAUAUGUAUAGCAAAAUAUACACCUCUGGGGUUUUGUACAUAAGUUUUGUAUGUUCUCACAGAAGCUUUCCUCUUCUCGGAAGUGUGUACUUCUCUUUUUUUUCCCAUUUCCCUGGAGCGACUGAAUCCCAAACAGAUUAUUUUUAUACUAAGGACUCUUGGGAGUAGGUUUUCUCUCAUUAAAAGAAAAAAAAAAGAAAAAAAAAAUAAGAAAAAAAAGAGGAAAAUGUGCUGGGAGCCAAAGGAGCAGAAAUCUGAGAUUUGUGGGUACUUUCAAGACCAAACGAAGUUGGAGUCCCCUGCCCUGAGAACGGAGUUUUCUGUCCUUACGGCAUUGAGUAUAUAUAUUGUUUGUUGUAACAUAUUUAAGAAUGUCUUUAGUUUAAAUUUUAACUUCAUCUAAAUUAUUGACUGUUUACGAUCAUUUCGAGGAGGGGUUAAUUUGGGGGAUUGUUUGGUCUUAAAGUGGUCCAAAGAUUUCAGAAUGAACUAAUUUUAGCCCAUUACCCUUUUAGGAGCUACGAAGCACAUGUUAAGUUUAUACUUGACAAAGCUUUAUAAUACAGUUUCAUGAUUUAUACGAUGCAGUCAGCCAGCUCCAGCUGAAGCCCUGAGAUAAAGUAGUUGGGACUUCACUUGGUUGUUGGGGGCUGAAGGACACCAGAACGUCCCCAAGCCCAAGUCCUACUACUCCUUUGCCCCCACAUCCCUUGUGUUGCCUUCUGUGCUGCAGAAACAGCCGGCGAGAGGGGACGAGCAAGAACUCUGACCUUAAAAAGAGACACUAAAGCCAAUCCAAAGCGGGAGAGCUCGAGGCUCUUGGCUCUGCACGUGAAGCAGGAGCUGAAUGGGACUGUGGUCAGCUAUGUGCUGCCCAUCUGCUGCUGCUCGGGCGUCUGGCCUUGUGCUGCCUGCGGACCUUCCGUGUUUCCCUCAGAUUCCCUGUGUCCUGCCCAGGCCGCUUGCAGCUCUUCGGGAUGUCAGCUUUCGUCUUCUGGACUGUGCUUUGUUUUGCUGCUGUUUGCAUAAAAGACCGAGCUGGUUAGCGUAAGGUGUUGGGAAAUGAUUAUGAAACUAAACGUGUCUUGUAGUGGUGAGGGAGCGUGCUGGCAGGGAGAAGUGCUAAAGCAAGAAGUGAAGAUGAUUGAUGUCGCAGGCCCUUGUCAUUCAGGAGGUGGUUCGAAAAGGGGAGGGAGAUGCUCAGUCCUUGGCUUCUCCUCCUGGAGAAGUCCAAGAGCUGGUUUGUGCUCUCUGCCAGGAGAAAACGAGGUUCUCCUGGCUCUGCGAGAGUGGGGACACGGAGCUGGUGUGUGGCUUCUUAUUCCAGCCUGGGUGGUGCUGCUGAUUCCUCCCUGUAAGCAGAUGAAAGGGGAACCUGGGCCCACUCCACUGGUCGGUGCAGCAUCAGGGGAGGAUGAUGGGCUCUGUGCACCACCGUGAGCUGUUGGGCCUUUGUGCUGGUUGAAUCUGGUCCAUUUGGACACAGGUAGAGGGUGCAGGUUGCUCACAAGGUUAGAUGUAAGAUACAUGGGUAAGAACCUUUGAUUUCAGAAGGCCUCGUUUACAUUUCUUCUGCUUUACAAAGUAGUAACUGUUCAGCAGCUCUAUGCUACACUGCAGGAAAGAAGACGUAUUCUCACACUUUUCUAAGGAAGAGAAGUUUUUCUUAUUAGAAUUUUUUUAUUUAUUUUAAUAUAUAGAACACUGUAAAAAGAAAAAACAAUUUGUUUUCUUAAACACACAGAACAUGUAAAUUUGUAUCCGUAAAAUCUCGGCAGGUGGAUGUGGUGGGAUUAUUUGUGUCCUGUUCUGGUGCAGUCUACCUCAGUGUUUCUUAAGGAUAAUUUUAAUACGCACCUCUAAACCUGUUUAAAUACUCUGGCCUGGGCCUAUCGUGGAUCAGGGAAAAUCAGUAUCAGCUGAUUCCAAUACUGGGGACCACUCACCGAAGGGAAUGAGUAGGAGAACGGCUCAUCACUGGUUUAGUGAUGAUUUACAGGAAAGGAAAGAACCGAUUUAUAGAUUUGGAUCUGAUGUUCUGAUGCUAUCCUCUUAGUUCUGUUGUGAUCUAAAAAGAAGAGAACAAAGGAGCCAUUUAAAUGUUUGGAUUUUAGGGAACGGAUGACCUAAAGGAAUAGACUCUGUCCUUCUGGAGCAGUGUUGGCCAUUGUGGAGCUGGGACUGACCAGCCCUUGCUGCCGGGUUGGGGUAUCUCGGUCGCUGUGCACAGGCAUGAUGUGACCUCCAGAACUAAACCUUCCCCAGCAUGUCCUUGUUUUGAUAACCUUUUAAACUGCAGUGAUGCUGACUGUGGGAAUAGAAAAUCUUUUCUACAAACAAACAUUGGAACCUUGUGUUGGGUCUUGGUUUAACUUCCACUGAUACUGGUUGGCCCACUGUGGACAUGCGGUUUGUGACACUCGGGUCACUGCACCAAACCCAGCGGUGGUUCAUACCCAAUCCUGUGUGUAAGGCUUAUUCCAGUCAUCCUUCCUACAUUGUGCCAAGGGUGAGGAAAGGAGCGUGGUGCUAGUGGUGAGGAUGUUGGGUUUCCCCUUUUUAAAGACAAAAACCUAACACUAGCGGUUGCCACUGUGGCUGUUAAAGAUGACACUCACUCACCUAUAGAAUUAGGAAGAAUAAGUGAACAUCACCCGUAAUGCCCAGCUCUCACUGGAAAAUCCUUUGCUGACACUUUGGUCAAUCUUGUUGGAUGAUCCUCGCCCUGGGAACGCCAAAGUCCCUACUUGGAUCUCGCUGGUGCCUGUUCAGAGACACUGGGGGUUGUGUACCAGUUGGGAUUGCACAUGUGAGACGAAACCUUCUCUGUGCGGGGUGUUGCGGAGGGCUCCUGCCCAGGGAGGUGUGUGGUGCCUUCCUGGCUAAGGAGGAGCCAAGCGAUAGUGCAGGAAAGCCGGUAGAAUGGCUGGAGUGAAGCUCACUCUUUUGAGGUUGUGUUUGUUGGAGGAUUGGAUCCUGCCCUUUCACAGAAUCACAGAAUGGUUUGGGUUGGAAGGGACCUUAAAGCUCAUACAGUUCCAACCCUCUGCCACGGGCAGGGACACCUUCCACUAGAGCAGGUUGCUCCAAGCCCCUGUGUCCAACCUGGUCUUGGGACAGAGAACUUCCCACUCGCAGGUUCAACCUGGGCAGGAGCAGCUGUGGCCUCCUCUGUGCAGUCUUGUGACAGGGAGAGUUCCCCCAGGUAGCCAGAACUUCACCAACUCUACAGCCAGUGAAGCAGGAGGUACAGAAGCAGGUUUCUGUGCUCUGCUGUGGCUUCACUGAGCAAAUGCUUGAAGCCUGAGAGUGGAGAGGUUUCUCGGAGAGAUCUGCACAUUGAAUUCAGUGGCCACUUCCUGAACGCCUCUUGCAAAUCUGGUACUUCUCUUGCAGUAACAGUGCAGCAUCGUGAUGCUUGGCUGCUAGGUUAGAAACAUGUCUGUCUUGGCUGCUUGUAAAUACUCUGUUGUGUUGUAAAAUAGAAGAGCUAAUAACAUAAACUCUGUGCCAGCACUGGGUUGGGAAAGGUGAUAGGAACUAGACUACGCCACCACGAGGUAUUUUCUGUUGGUCAUAAAGCAGCUGUGUUGCUGUGGAAGAGGCUGCUUUUAGGUUGCUGAAGGGUACUCUUAAUUUAUGGGUAGUGUAUCUCUUUUCUCCUAAAUUUGUAUUAUAGCAAUGGGACACUUUGCUUCAUUUUAGUAUGUUGUGUAUAAUGUUGGUAUCUCUUUUGGAAAGAUUUCAAAGUCGCUUAAUGUGUUACUGACCUAACGAUGAUGAAGGCAAAUAGGAAAAGACAGGAGCAAGAAGGGUGCUGGGGUGGUUAUUCUUGAACCUCCAUUUUAGGGGAGGGAGAGAGGCCAUCGAGUUCCCUCUUCAUGUCACUGUGGUACAAAGAUGGACCCUGAGGUAUUCCGGGCCCCUCGCUGCGAGCAGUGAUUCCUGAUGCCAAGACUGGAACCUUGUUUUACAAGUCAGAAAGUACAAUAUCUUUGUGCCAUAUAAAAACCUUACUCUCAAGGCUGUGCUAGGUGCUCCCGUGAUCCGUGUGAGAUCGGUUCCGAGCCUGGAGUGAGCAAGAAGCUGCAGCUGAACCCGCUGAUCCUCUCGCUGUGUCCCAGCCUCCCUGGAAGCCGGGAUUUUGCAGGCACGGCUGUGGUGGGAAUCCCAAACCCUCUGCCAAGGAGCCACUGCCCCUCAUGUAAUCCUGCGCACGUGGUCCAGGGACAGGAGCUGGUGAAUGGAUUGAAAUCGAGAUGUAGUUCCAUCAGACAUACACGAAAUCUGAAAUAAGAUUCGUUUGGUAUUUGUAUGAACUUAAUUGAAUUUGGCCUUUUUUUAUUACCUUCUGCUUGGCUCUGUGUUAACUCUGCUUGGAUUCUGUACGUGAGCAUUGGUGUAAGAGCAUUAACGUAUUCAACCUGGUCUGUUCCUCUUGCCUUGGCACGAGCGUCGCAAGAGCGAAGCCCAAUCGUACAAUUGGCUUUUGGAGGAACUUGACUGUUCAAAAGCAAUUCUGAAAACCACCAUUUUUAGCAAAUCUGCUGUCGUUCAAUGUGUAUUUCUUUUUAACGUGAACCUGCUUGUCCUUCUCAAAAGUAAGCACUUACUCCUGCAGUUUCGGCAAAUCAACUGCAGCACAAUGCAAGCUAUAAGGGGGCAGGUAGAGAAAUGACUUUUUAAAUGUUGUAUAAUAAAGCUGGUAUUAACUCCUGCAGCCUUGGUUUAUUUUGGGGUUGGUUUUUUUUUUUGCCGACAGAUUUGCAAUCAGCAAAACAUCCCGGUUUUGUUCUGGCAGUGGUUUUGUUCCGACACCAGUUUUCCAACUGAUGGUACUAAGCAGUUUCUCUUAGUCCAGAAGGUUCCUAUGGGAGCGGGUCCAGCUGGGAGCCCCUGGGGUGGUUCUGGUACCUAAAGAGAAACCAGCAGUAGAGUUUAAACAUGGACACAGGUGCUUUUGCUUAGCUGAGUCCCAGCCCCUGUUAAGUCCCAGUGCCACCAGUAAGCUUGAGUUCAGGGCUAAUUACCCAAGAGAUCCGAGCUGGACUCGGUACCAAAGCUCUUCUGUUAAUCCAGAUUCCCAGCAGCAUCCAGCAAUACUUCCACCAUUUUAGUGUCCAAGUGCUGCUCCCAGAACUGAGUCCCAUGGAAACUGGUGGACGGAGAAUUUCAGAAAGGCCACUUCUAAAUCUAAAAGUCAAUGUUAUUUCAAAAGGAAAAGUGUUGCCUUUUGCUUUAGUUUAGGGAAUGGCUUUAUUCUUGCAGUAUCAAAACUGGAUUGUGUUUGAGGACCUGCAUGGAUGGGGGUACUGGACAUCAACUUCAUCAAACACAGCCAAAAAAAAGCAAAUGCUUUCUGCUUGCAUUUAAGACAGUUUCAGUUACGUGUUAAGUGAUGUUCUGUGAAGGUUUUGGGGUGGUUUUUUUCUGUUUAAUCUUGCUGCUCCCACUUUUCUCUCUGCAUAUCAAACGUUCCAGAAAACAAACAGUAUCGCAGAUACCUCUUGUUUGAACUAAAGGAUCAAACAUGCCAUGAUUUUCUUUUAAAGGAAGAAAAGAAAAAAAAAAAGAGAAACUUUCCCCCUUGAUUUAUUGUUCUCAGUGUUUUCAUAUAUGAGCCAAGCAGUGACGUGUACAGGAAUAUGUUUGGAUAUUAAGAAAAAAGAAGUCUUGCUGUGUCAGACUAUUGAACAAUUAACUGUUUCUAUGAACAUUCUGAAUAAAUUAUCCAAGAGUAA